AUUAAGCUUUCCAGUAAGUCGAGGGGUGGAGCACAGCGAUUUGGACGACCCUUUUAAAUGUUCUCUUCCUGAACUUGAAUGAGUUUCACUUUCAAUUCUACCUGCUGGGAAAUGAGAGCUAUAGGCGGAGCGACAGAAGAAGAAAAACAAGUAGUUUAACCUUCACUGCUGUGGUUUAGCUUCCCAUUUUACACAUAAACUGCUUUUUCUACAUUUAAGUCGACUAUAGGAAGUGUGUGUUGGAUGCGAACAGGACUGCAGCGACACGUCCCGAGAAAGGUGUGAUCCUUUACAUAGGCCUAUACAGUCUUUGGUGUGACCAUGGCCUCUGAAGUUACACCGAGAGCAGAUUUGAAAGAGGCUGAGGAACUGGCCUUCUCUCUAGGUGAAGCCCUCACCCAAGGCAACGGACAGGAAGCAGUAAAACUGUGCGAAAGAUUGUCACAAUUCUCUGUUCCGGUGUCUGUCAGCGUCAACAGUCAGGCUUACCCGGAGGGCUCCAUAAGGUUGAAGGUUGGAGUGGAGGACGCUCAGUCAGAUAACUACAUCCAAGUGACUGUUCUGGUUUCACCUGACAUGACAAUUGCACAACUUAAAGACAAGUUUAGCCAUGACUUUGGGUUCGUCCCUACGCUGCAGCGGUGGGUGAUCGGGAAGCGGUUGGCUCAAGACCACGAGACGUUGUUCAACCACGGUGUCCGAAGUGACGGAGACCAGGCUUUCCUGUUUAUCCUCUCUGCCCAGUCCGCUCAUCUCACACUGCAGCAGCACAAGCUGUAUCAGGAACAAGAACGCAUAGAAGGCAUCGUGGUGCAGCUUUUCCCUAGAGGGACGGGUGGAGCUGCUGUUGAAAAGACAGCUCCAGACAAUAGACUCGUUCCUCCUCCUAUUCCUGCUAAACCCAAAGUGUUUCCUAAACCUCAGUUGGGCUGGACCUGCGCUAUGUGUACGUUGUUGAACAAACCCACGCGUCCUGGCUGCGAAGCAUGUGGAGGGGACCGGCCGGAGGAUUACCAGGUGCCUGACCUCUACACGCCAGACCAGCAGGAGAAUCUUCGUAUUCAACAGGAACACUUGGCCAUGUUGCAGUACGAACAGGCUCAGCAGGAGGAACGUGAGAGGAACUACCUGAACUUGUUGGCAACAGAUGACCAAAGCCUUUUCCCCAAUGCCACAGAGGAAGACUGUCCCAUCUGCUUCUCUCAUCUGCAGCCACAAGAGGGCAUUGUGCUCAGAGAGUGUCUUCACGUCUUCUGCAGGGAGUGUCUAAAAACGACUAUAGUGACCAGUCGAGAUGCUGAGGUGUCCUGUCCUGAGAAUUGUGAAAGCAAGUUGCUGGACAGAGAGAUACAAGCGCUGCUCACAGAAGAGGAGCACCAGCGGUUUCUGGAGUUGCGUCUGAGCAUCGCAGAAAGCCGCUCCGAGCACAGCUUCCACUGUCAGACUCCCAACUGUCGGGGGUGGUGCAUCUACGAGGACGAAGUCAAUGAGUUUCUCUGUGAGCUCUGCAAUGAAACCAACUGCAUUCUCUGCAGGGCCAUCCAUAACGGCAUGAAUUGCAAGGACUACCAGGAUGAUCUACGUAUCCGGGCAGAGAACGACCAGGCGGCUAUGAAAACCAAGCAGAUGCUAGAGAGCCUUCUACAGAAUGGGGAGGCCAUGAAAUGUCCACGGUGUGACAUCAUCGUCCAGAAAAAAGAUGGCUGUGACUGGAUCUGCUGUUUGAUGUGUAAGACGGAAAUCUGCUGGGUCACCAAACAAGCUCGCUGGGGACCAAAAGGAAAUGGUGACGUAUCUGGGGGCUGUAGAUGCCGAGUCAAUCAUCAGCCUUGCCAUCCCAACUGCCAAAACUGCCACUGAAGGAGGCAAACCAAAAGAAAACACAAAAACACUCUUAAGAUACGUAUAGCGUCGUAUUUAAUGGUAAACAAGUAACAAGACACUGUGGAAUUUGUCUUGUUACUGAGGCACACCUUUCUUUGUUGGAGCAGUCAAAGUGAUUCAAUAUAAAUACUACACACAAGCUAUACAAACUGCCAGCUAUAUCUCCUACAUCUCCACAAUAAGCUUUAAAGGGAUCUCCUGCUAUAUUAAUAUUAUGUUGUUGUGAUAAAUUAAUCCUUUAUUAACAUUUCGACAUAUGGCUACCAGUUUCUUUGUAAUUCAUAUUCAUGAGCCAGCAUUUACAUUGCACUUACUCAAGUUUAAUUAAGAACUCAGAUUGGAUUAUUCUAAAUUCAGUAUAAACAAAAGUCAUCAAAAGCUAAUAACUCCAUGAAUAAUAAGAUUAAUUUAUAACAAGACAUUGUUUUUUCCUGUGUGAACUAUGGUCACAACUAAAAAUAGCAUUAACUCAUGAAUCAUUCAUUAAUCAUCAUCAACUCUGGAUACCAAAGUGAUCUCUCCCUAUGUAAAUGAACAAAAAAACGGCUUUAUUGUGAGCAAUGUUUGUUUGCUGUUUUCGCUGUGACAACAAGAUUUGAUUUGUUUUCAGUACUGUAAAAUGAAUAGAUUUAUUUCAGCUGCAUAAUUAGACUGUGGUGAAGGAUCUUGUUUACGUUGAAUGAAAGUGUUGAUAAUGCAAAACCUGCUGCUCUGAUGCGCUCAAGGACACCAAAUGAUGCUGUGUUGCCUUCAGGACUUUAACUAAGUGUUCAUCCCUCAAGAAGUACAAUGGGCUAUUUCAUAUACAAUAUAUUGUGUUAAUGUAUUGUAUCCAUGGAGUUUGUUGAAUGCAUAGCAUGUUUGCAUUAGUGUAACAAUGAAAUAUGCAGACAAGCUGAGUAUAAAAUGUCCCAAAAUGACCAAUGUAUCAUUAUUAAAAACAGGUUUUGAGGAAAA